GAGACGUUUAUAAUCGCUCGAUUGGGUAUUUCUAUAGCGGUUGUCAAUUUUAAGUUUUACACUACCUACCUGACUACUGUUCAUGACAAACUCUGGAUAAAGGGAGAGCACCUGUUGUUUCCAUGGUGACUAGAACGGAGAAACAAGAAUAAGUUCCAUAUAGGAACAAUCAUACUGACCAAUAUCAAGAGAAUUAGAACUGUUUGGAAUAUCCCCGUGAUUUGAAUAUGCCGGGUUCUAGGCCUGGAUCCCGAGUGGAGGACUACACAGUGUAUGGUCCAGGAUAUGACGGAGGCUAUGAUGUAUAUCCAUCUGAUGUGUACGAGGCGAGGGAUGGCGUCAUGACACCAGGCAUGGACCGAUAUGGUGCGAGGACCCCCAACAGGGGCCGGGAGUCACCUCUGAGGCGAGCCAACUCGCAGAUGUAUAGGCCAAUGUCAAGGUCGACCUCCCGACAAGAGUUCGGAACACAGGCACUCAGAAAGCAUUUGGAUUAUUUGAAACAGACCGACCCCUCAAAUAGAGCAUACGCUUCGUAUACCCCCGGACCGUGCCCUCGACCCCCUCCAAUAGAGAGGGGGGCAACGUUUGCAGGCUUUGGGGCAGAAGAUAUGGAUCCCUUUACCAAACAGUAUUACAACAGGUUAUGGAAAUCCCGUGUCCCUUCUACACAAAUAAACUUAAAUAGAAUGGGUAGAGCAGGCGGCCGCUGGAGACACAUAGAUACAUGUGUAGCGAACACUGGCAGUAACCUAGCUUUUAUAGAAGGGACCGUCAAGCAGGUGGAUAAUGUGUUAACACAGCCGAUACAGGAAAGCCCGUCGAUGUUACCACGGUACUGUCAGCCCAUGACGUUAGGUCGAGCUCCAUCACCAGGUCGAAAAUAUUCCAAGGAUACCAUGUUUAAUAAAAAAGCCAAGAAUGGAUUCAAAUAUUGGUACCAAGAACAAAAGCCAAUAGACCUGGCAUCCCGUUUUCGCCUGAAGGCCAGACAGGUCGGGCUUGGUUACUAAGAUGUUUACAAGCGUCGUGGUCACUAGUAUGUUGACAAGUGGCUGGAAUACAGAGAUGUUAUCAAGCGUCUGUGAUACUGUGACAUGGACUUUAUUUAAUUGUGAUAACGUUUAUACACAAACGAGACUUGUGACAGCAUUAGCUGGAAAGUACAUGUGUAAACAUUUCAAAAUUAUUAUGCUUAUUUCAGUUAAUUUAUAUUUCAAAUAGAUUAAAUUUUUAAGGGAACGUACGGUCUAUUUUGCUAUAUCCCGGUCUUACUUUUUUCGAUAUUUAUUCGCGUAGUUAUGUUCUUAUCAAAUUCUUAUGCUGAACACGAUGAUAAUUACUGAUAAUUAAAAAAAUGACUACUAGUAACCUAAUUCUGCUGUACAGUCUAAGGACUUGUAUCAGCAUUCAGCCUCAUUGGUCUCUUUAUUGUCACCAGUAUGUUUGUAAAUAGGUUUAUAAAAGUCAAAAUUGUCUACAACAUGGUCAUAAGUAAAAGGUAUGAUGUAUUUACUAAAGGUAGACAACUCUAGACACUGUUCGCCCACUCGUUGAAGUAUUACUUUAAUCCGUCCAUAUGGUUUUAAACCAAGAGUCACAAAAAUUGUUUGUAAUGAACAUUGUAUUACUUUGUUAUUGUACAUUAAUUCAUUAAUGUUUAAAUUAAGUCUAGGCAUUAAGACGUUGUAUUUUACCUAUUCGAAAUUUUAACGCAAAUGUUUGAAAUGUAAUUAAAAUAUUUUCACAUGAA